AUGGAUGAGAGAAAUGACGAUGAUAAAAUGGAUGAAACAAUGCUACCAGGGUUUCGGUUUCAUCCGACUGACGAAGAACUUGUUGGAUUUUAUCUAAAAAGGAAGAUUCAGCAGCUGCCUCUCUCCAUUGAAAUUAUAAAGCAAGUAGACCUCUAUAAGUAUGAUCCAUGGGAUCUUCCAAAGUUGGCAACCACUGGGGAGAAAGAAUGGUACUUCUACUGUCCAAGGGACCGGAAAUAUAGAAACAGUGCAAGGCCUAAUCGAGUCACCGGAGCUGGGUUCUGGAAAGCAACCGGAACCGACCGGCCAAUCUACUCCGUGGAGAGUUCCAAGUGCAUAGGAUUGAAGAAGUCCCUUGUUUUCUACAAAGGCAGAGCUGCCAAAGGGAUCAAAACUGACUGGAUGAUGCAUGAGUUCCGAUUACCUCCGAUCGCCGCCUCCUCGGCGCCACCUAAAAGAUUCACAGACAAAAACAUUCCGACCAAUGCAAGUUUCCCUUGCAAGGGGAGGCCUCCGGCAAGCUGCUACACUACCCUUAUAUCCCCCGAGGCAUUGGAACCCCAUAAAUGCUCCGGUGAUGCUUCUUCCUUGCUGUUAAACAUGCCAUCCUCCAUGUUUGGAGGUUUUGGCAAGGCCUCAGAGACGAAUGAGAGUAUAGCUUAUAGUGGGUUGCAACAGCAGUGGAAAGGCUUUUCAAGCACUUUAGCACCGGAGAUGCAAGGGAACCUUGGUCCCGGAGAAGAAUCAUCAAUAAAUGACACGAAUUUGAUGGAAUUUGGUGACCAGUGGGAGACCAUGAGAUCUGGUGGGUUCCCUUUCAGUUUGCCAUUCAGUAUGCCUUACGAAUGGAAGUCGAAUUUGCUGUGGUAUCCUUCACCUUGUCCUACUGAGAUGUCCUCUAAUUAUUCUACAAACAGGGGUUAUACUUGA